AUGGGCGCGGCGAACUGGAUUGCUCUUCUCCUUACACACCCCCUGGAGUUCAGGACGCUCAUCCAGUUCUAUCUCUACCAUGAGCAAAAGCGUGACAUUGCUGCUAUUAAGGAGCACCCGACGUCGGGAUGGGAUAGGGACUCCAUGAGAAGAUGCUGGGAGUUCCUCGACAUGACGAGCAGAAGUUUUGCCGCUGUAAUCAAAGAGCUGGAGGGAGAUCUGGCGAGAACGAUAGCUUUAUUCUAUCUCGUUCUUCGCGGUCUCGACACGAUUGAAGAUGACAUGACGAUCCCUGAUGAUGUUAAACAACCUCUCCUGAGGGCAUUCCACGUACACACUGUAACUCCUGGAUGGAAAUUCGAAGGCUCAGGCCCCAACGAAAAAGACAGACAGCUACUGGUCGAAUACGACACAGUUGUCGAGGAGGUGAACCGCCUCAACCCCGACUAUAAAAGCAUAAUUAUCGAUAUUGCACUGAAGAUGGAGACUGGAAUGGCGGAUUACGCCCAUAAAGCUGCGACGACAGGUUCCAUUUACUUGGAAACUGUCGCUGAAUAUGACCUGUAUUGCCACUACGUUGCUGGUCUUGUCGGUGAAGGCCUCUCACGGAUUUUCUCUGCGUCCGGGAAGGAGGGUGCUUUCCUUGGCGACCAGCUUGAGCUCAGCAACUCGAUGGGCUUGCUUUUGCAGAAAACCAACAUCAUUCGUGACUACCGGGAAGACUGUGACGAGCAGCGGUACUUCUGGCCACGGGAAAUUUGGGGACGAAAGGAGUACGGGUUCACGGAGAUGCACCAAAUGUCUGCGACGGACCCGGACACGGUGAAGCGGGCAAUGUGGGCGCAGAGCGGUAUGGUUCUGGAUGCACUGAGGCAUACGACGGACGCACUGGAUUACCUCCGUCUGUUGAAGAACCAGAGUGUGUUCAAUUUCUGUGCGAUCCCCGCGACAAUGGCUAUUGCGACCCUUGAGCUGUGUUUCAUGAACAAGGAGAUGUUCCAGCGGAAUAUCAAGAUUCGUAAGGCUGAAGCUGCCAAGCUUAUCAUGCGUUCAACGAAUCCUAGAGAAGUCGGCCUCAUCUUCCGCGAGUUUGCGCGCAAGAUUCAUGCCAAGGCUGUCCCUUCCGACCCCAACUUUAUCAAAAUUUCCAUUGCAUGCUGCAAGAUUGAGACGUGGUGCGAACACAACUAUCCCUCCUUCGUACACUUCAGCCCCGAGACCGGCAAGCAGAGCCUCGAGCCCACCGACGCACGUACUGCCCUCAUCAUGCGCGAGCAGGCCCUCGAAGCACAGCUUGUGAAGAAGAAGCGUGCAGAAGACAUCCGCAACGGCGUCUCACCGAGCAACGCAUAUGUCGACAAGCUCGAGAACAGGGAGAUGUCGUCGAAGGAGAUCAUGAUGUACGUCGCGGCGGUGUUUGGGCUGAUGCUCGUUAUGGGUGUCAGCAUCAUCUAUACUGUGAUCUACUUUGUGGGCGAUCGGUGA